GGCGGGGGGGGUAUAUGUUAUGUUUUUGUCGAUUGUAGUAUUAUACCUAAUUCCUAGUCUUCACAGAGGUAAGUAUCGAAGUUUAUGUUUUUACCCGUUUAAUCAAGUAGUGUUUUGAGUGUUGGUUGGUAGGUUUAUUAGGUUAACAUGGAUUGGUGCUCGCCCAGUGCGGGAGCCUUAUAUCAUUUUGGGGCAGUGUCUUUCAGUCAUUUAUUUCUCUAGGUUGUUAUUAAACCCUCUUUCUUUGUGGGUGUGGGACAAGCUGCUUGAAUACCCUAAAUUCUGUAGGAGUCGUCCUGUAGACCUGAAAUGGUUUAAGUUUUUAGCUUAUUUCAAGUUAUUAAAAUUAGUAAAUCGCGAAAGUAGCGCACGUGAGUGGGCUAAUAAGUGUAGAAAAAUAUAAAUAUGUCUUUUUACGGGAGUCGAUAUUUUGGUGAUAUUGUCCAUGGGGAACUAGGGAAAGACCUGUUCCGGUACCAUGGUUUUGUGAUGAUAGUAGCAGUGGCUGUGUUGGUCUUUGUUAUAUAUAUAGGAUGCGUAAUCCUUCUUACUAAAUUUUCUUAUCGCCAUUUCUUGAACCGUCAACGAUUAGAAUUUUGAUGGACUAUUGUGCCAAUGUUGAUGUUAGUAGGGUUGUGGUUUCCUUCUAUAAUUAACCUAUAUUAUAUAGAAGAAGUAAAACGGCCCCGGUGAAAUUUUAAGGCGAUUGGGAAACAAUGGUACUGAUCUUACGAAUUUUGUCGCAAUUUAGACACUCCAAGCUCUAGAGAAAGCGCUGAAAGAAUUUCGUGUUAUACAAUUGAUUCUUACAUAGAAGACCAGCAGGAGACAUUUAGAAAAGGAGGGUAUCGUUUGUUGGAUGUUGAUAACCGGAUGGUGGCUCCAGCAGAUGUGCAAAUAACUGCUUUUGUAAGAAGGUCUGAUGUGCUCCAUUCGUUUGCACUCCCUAAGUUACUAAUUAAAGUAGAUGCCAUCCCAGGUCGAAUUAAUCGGCUUCCUAUAAAAGCUUCCCAGUGUAGAAUUAUUUACGGGCAGUGUUCUGAAAUUUGCGGGGUUAACCAUAGAUUUAUACCGAUUGUGAUUGAGUUUAUUCCUGAGAAAUAUUUUGUCAUAUGGUUGGAAGCUCUUAACUAAAAUAAAAAAUAA